AUGAAUCAUGAGCAAUCAGAAUCGGAGACGAGUAGCAUAGGGUCGUGUUCUUCACCUAACGGGUCUAUGGAGAUGCCAUCAUACUACGUCCAGAUCCCAUCCUCAACCGAAUCGUUUUGUUCCCCACCACAUUCUUCAUCCACCUCAUAUGUUGGGUACACCGGUGGCGACGGGGGCAGCAGCGACGGUAGCAGUUGUAGUGAGUUGAGUAGUGAUUAUUCGAGUUCAUACCAGUCGCUGAUGAUAGGUCGGUUAAUGAGGAGAAGAGAUGAAGAGUGGAUGGCAUGUAAUAUGAAAGAGGAGGAUGAAUUGGUACAAGGUUCAAGGAAGAACAAAUGCUCAUCAAUUCACUAUUUGUUUCCUGUUGUGGUUGGGCUCAUGUUUUUAUUCAUUAUCUUCUGUUUGAUCCUUUGGGGAGUUAGUAAGCCUAUCAAAACUCACAUCCUUGUCAAGGAUUUGAAGCUUCAUAGUUUCUAUAUGGGAUUUGGAUCAGAUCAUACUGGAGUUCCAACUUCAUUGCUUUCACUCGACACCUCUCUCAAGCUCUCUAUAUAUAAUCCUGCUACCUUUUUUGGUAUUCAUGUUUCUGCUCAAUCUCGUCUUCUCUAUUCAGGCCUUCAAAUUGCAACCAGCAAUUUGAGAUAUUAUCAACCAAGAAAGAGUAGUAAUCUGCUUUGUAUUAACAUCGGAGGCAAUAAGGUCCCAUUAUAUGGUGCUGGUGGAAUUUUAGCCAUUGCAGACAGAGAUGGAAGAAUUCCAUUGAGAUUGGAAAUCCAAAUUCAAGCGCUGGGAAAAGUUUUUGGGCGAUUGGUGAAGACACAUCAACGAUGGAAUGUCUCGUGUUCGUUAACAAUAAAAAAUGAUAAUAACCGAAGAUCAAUCAAAUUCAAACAAAAUUCUUGCAUAUAUUUGUAG